AUGUCUACAGAACCAAAUUAUGUUUAUGGUUCCGGUCCGAUACCCCCUAGAGACAAUCGAGAUCGUCCAUCUAAACGUGGAGAUAAUCAUCAUCCUGGAUCUGCCACUCAAAGGGCUUCAAUUUCUUCCAACAAAAACCCUUUUAUAACUGAAGACAAUCGCGGCAUUCCUAAUAGCAAAAGACCAAUAGACAUUAAAAAAAUUAAGGACAUUGAUAAUGUUAAGAACAUUGAUAAAAUUAAGAGGAAUGCACCUCCUCCCCCAAGUCAUUCUGAUGUACCAUACCCUCCUAAAGUUGCACAGUCAAAUGAAGGGAAUUCCCGGAGAAGAGGAGGUACACAAGAGAAUCCGAGCACAAAAGAAAGAAAUGGGGGACAUGGGAAUGAUGCGACAAAAGUCUUGAGGAGGAAGAAAGCAUUUGUGAUGAAAUAA